AUGGAUGAGUUUCAGCAAGAUCAUAACAUAGAAGAAACGGAUCAAAAUUUGCAAAAUAUAAUCAAUAAUGGAAAUAACUCGACUGAAAAUGUCAAUACUCUUUCAAAAGAUAAUAAUUCACGAACUCGCAAUGAGGAUGAUCACAUAGAAGAUACUUUACAUCAACUGCUGACCCAAGCUAAUGUUGAUUUCGAUGACCACCUUAAAGAAAAUAGCAGUGGAACUAGUCAGCCAGGAACUGGUAGUGAAAAUAAUAAUAAUAACACGAAUACCAGUAGUAAUAGUAGCAAUAAUAAUACCACAGGUUCUGGUGCCGUAGGUGAUGGAGACAACGAAUUAGCGAGCGUUCUAAAUAUCGACAACGAAGAUAGAAAUUCCAAUAAUAUUGCAAAGAUAGAGGAAGAUGAUGCAUUCUCGAAGUUUCAAUUAAUAACGGAUGUACUAUCCUCGCAUUCACCAUCUAUAUCUACUGAUCCAUCUUCUGUUCCUACCCCUGAUAAUAAAGAUUUGGAAAACGCCAUCGAAAACGUUAUAAAAAUGGGUACAACUGAAAUUCCAGAUUCUGAUAUAAUGUCAGUGUCCAAACAUUUCACACUAGACAGUUUGUUGGCUGAAAAUAAUGAUACAGAUAUGCUAUUUGAAUUAGCAAUGGGUGAGGAAAGUGAAAAUCAAGAAAUUGUAGACUUGCAUUUCCCCCCAGAUAAUAAUAUUAACCAUGAUUUCCUUCCCAAAGAUAAUAUCAAUGAAAUAAAUUCUGGUAACCCCCAAAAAAGAUCCAUACAGGAAGUUCUCAAUUCUAAAAAUGUUACUAAUGUCGAAGGAGAAAAUGAUAACAGUACUAAGAAGAAACUAAAAGCAUCUGCUACAAUAUUAAACUUACUGAAACCUAUAUCACCAGCAUCUCUAUCCCCAUCAUCCACAGAAGGCAAUUCUAGUCGAUCUAAAAUUGAUACGGUUGCUUAUCCCAAAGCCAUUCCAUUGCAUACAACUAAGAGGAUAAAACAGAAAAAAAUUACAAGAAUAACGUCAUCCGUACCAGGCAUAAAAGGGUCAAAACAGACUGUAUAUCAAGAAAUGCCUUUACCUGAAAAAAUGACCAAUGAAUAUACUAUGUUACAAGUUUCAGAUAUGAAGAAGAGGAUAAUCAAUACCCAUAAAUUGAUGUUAAACUUUAAUUUCUUAAAGGAUGGAUAUGCGAGAACGUGUGUGGAAUUGAAGAAAACUGUACAUUCCUUAAAGGAUAGCGAAAUACAUAGAGCACAUUUACUGCUAGAGAAUGAAACAAGGAAAGAUGAAAAUGAAAGACUUUGUGAAGAAAUUAAAAAACUUAAACAACUACUAGAAAGCAAAGGUGGUGAUGACAGUGGAAAGAUGUUGGAGUCUACUGAGAUAAUUCAAACCCCAGAUACACCUGGGGAUACUUCUGUGGACAUUCCGAAUUCGACCGCAGUAAAUAAGGGAGAUACGAAGAUAGAUAACACCUACAAUGGUUUGAUACCAAAACAAGAAGAUGAAUUUCCUGAACUUCUAGAAAUAAAUCUGGAUACAGAUCAUGUAGAAGUUGAAAUUGAACAAGCAGUUUAA